CGCUCCAAGUUUGACGGUGCAACGACACGCCGCUUUGGGAAUGCAUGGCAUCAGCGGAUGCCUUCUCACCAAGCCUGAUAAUAUGCGAUUUCCCGUUACUGAAAACGAAAAGGGACCUGUUAAUGCGGCAGCUCGGCUUCGAGUAGAUACCCAAUGCUAUUUUCCAUGGAACCAAAAUGUUCGCAUCACCCUCUCUCGUUCGCAUCCCUCUGGAAAAUUAAAAACAAAACGCUAAUUCCCUGUCCGCGUUUUCCCUCUUCGUCACCGUCAUUCAAUAGAGUCGCCUCACUCUUGCUGUUGGGUUCAAUUGAAUGCCCAAAGAUAGUCGAUUUCAAUAAUGGUCAUUUUGAAAUCAACGUUGUUUCUUCAUAUAUAUCCGUGUUUUUCAUUCGGACUGUCCUGCAGCCAGCCAGGGAAUGAGAUGGAAGGGCAUCAAGGCAUUCCAUUUGCGAUACGUUGGCUUGCAUUGAUAGAAGUAUAAAACACCCGGAGCUCACUUUACGUCUCUGAGCGGGCCUGAUGACCAAAUGAUCCUGUCAUUCGCUGAUACAGUUCUGAAGAUUUCGGGUUGUUUGUGACCAUAGACCUCCCAUCUCUAUGAUAUCGAGCCUGAGGUUCUAAGGAUACCUCACUCUGUCUAAAUUUUUUUUUUUUUUUUCCUUUCCCUUCCCCUGAAACCACCGAUCGCGUCCCUCUUUUUUAAACGCCUCCCAUGUGUCAAAAGGCGUAUUAUGUUCACACUUGCGGCCACAGAAGCUGGGGUCCUCUUCACCGUUGCGGAAACCGUUACGUCUGUCCUCCCGAAUGUACGAUUUAUUAUCCCGUUUACCUGGGCAGUCCAUGUCGAUUUUGUCGUCCUCGUCGUAGCGGUGGCCGAGGUGCAGAAAACUCCCAAGAGAAGACUGUUCCUCGAUAAGAACUCGCUUUUGUACGGAGCCGAAGCAGUUGCCGGGGGGGGAGGGAAUGGGUUGAAUAGAUGAUAAUGCCCUUAAGCAUCGAUGCCUGGCUUACCCGGUAUGUUUCUACCCAGUCUCACCGACGUGGACUCGAAGGCGGCCAUGGUACAGUGUGGAAAAAAGGAAAAUUUUUGUCUGCUAAUAGCCUUCCUGGCAUUCAAGUCGCAGGUUUGUUCCGAAUAAGUCUUCGAACUACCUACAUUCCAAUGGGCUGGAGACAUCUGAUACAAACUGUCGACCUGGAAAUUGAUGAUAAUGAGGUCUUUGCUUCUUUGUUGCUUUCAAAAUGCUUCUUAAAAACAAACCUACUUCAAAAAAACAAGAAAAAAAAAAAAAAAAAAAAAAG